CCUUUUAAUCCUCCCCAGAUCCUUGCGACCGGGCUGAGCGCUCUCUACUCCUCGCUGCCACGGAAGAUAGAAGUGCGCGGGGAUGACUGGCAUUUCCUGCGGCGAGAGGACUGGAUCGGCGUCUCUUCGCUCGUCCUGUUCAUGAAUUCCCUGGAGUUCUGUAAUGCCGUCACUCAGGUGGCUCAUCCGCUUGUCCAGAACCAGCUGGUGGAGUACCUUCACAAUGGCUUCCUGGUGCCAGUGAUGGGUCCUGCACUGCACAAGACCUCCAUCGAGGAGAUGAUCGCCAGCACUGCCUACUUGGAGCUCUUCCUGCGCAGCAUCAGCGAGACGGCUCUACUGAAAACCUUCCUGCGAUUCAUCCUCCUGCACCGGCACGACAGCAGCACCAUCCUGCACACCCUGAUCAGCCGCAUUGCCAGCAACUCUCGGCUCUGCAUGGUGUCCCUAACCCUGUUCCGUACUCUCCUCAACCUGAACUGUGAGGAUGUCCUGCUGCAGCUGGUGCUGAGGUAUCUAAUACCCUGCAAUCAUGUCAUGCUGAGCCAGAGAAGAGCCGUGAAGGACCUGGAUUUAUACUCCAAGACUGCCGAUAAAUUCCUCUCCCUCAUCCCACAAUGUUGUCGGAAAGAAAGUCUGCUGUCUCAAGAAAGAGAAGAGCAUGCUACCUGGACAAAAGCUCAGGGCAGUCCGAGCAUUGACACGUCCUCCGUCCACACUGUGCCGCGCCCCUCCACCCCCUCCCGGAUGGGCUUCUUCAUGCGCCAGUCUGCACCUGACAGCCCCUCUCAGCGCUCUCCGGGCCCCUCUCCCCAGGACCCGGGCAGCCCCCGCCACGUCUCCAUGUCGUGGGAUGAAGUGUCUGAGCUGGAUGAGAAUUACCUGGAGUAUCUGCAGGAAGCGCGGGCCGGCAUUGAUCGCUGCUCCCGCGCCUGUCGUGUCUGGUCCGCCCCCUACGACGGUGAGGAGCCCAGCCCCCGCAGCAUCUCACCCCUGACGCCUGAGGAGGUAACGGUGGCCCCUGAUUAUUUCUCUCCCCCUCCCUCAUCCACCAGGAGUCAGGACAAAGAGAGGGAGGCACGGCGGCACAUCGCCACCCCGCGGACUAAGAAGCGCAGCUUACAGGAGGAGGAUGGCGGGCGCAGCAAUAGAGCCCAGAACAGCGGGCGCACAGAGUCAUCUCAGGACGGGGCGCCAGUCCCUGCCCUUAUGAACGGAGCCACCUCUGAGCUGGGAUGUUUGGGGGGCGCUCAGAGGGGGCCCGGCCAUCCGGGGCAAGCUGAUAAUUUUGAGGUUAAGAAAGUGAAGCGGGAACUCAUAGGCGGAGCAAGGGGAGGAGCCCAAGGGGAGGGGCGAGUGGUGGGGGCGGAGAACCGAGCUGCUGAGACCGGACCAGACCGAGGGGAGAACGGCCGCUGGGCAGCUGCUCAGUGGGAGGCAACAGAUUCUGUGGACAACCUGAUUGACGAGCUGCUGGACCGGGCCCCUGCUGAGACUAAUGGGGCCCAUGUGAGCAUUGAGAAGCUGGGGGAGGAGCUAAAGGAAAUGGAAGACAGCAUGAGGGUGGUGGCCGUACAGGAGGAGCCGGUGGAUGGGCACAUGAGCGUCCCUUCAGAGGAGGAGCAGGAUGGCUAUGACCAGCCGGAAACGGGCAACACAAGGAUGACCCUUCUGCUGAACAGCCCCCUGCGGGCACAGAACGGUGGCCAGCCGUACACAGGUCCGUUUAUCGCCAUCCUCUUUGCCAAAUUGGAGAACAUGCUGACCAACUCCCUGUAUGUCAACUUCCUGCUGACGGGGCUGGUGGCACAGCUGGCAUGUCACCCGCAGCCGCUGCUCCGCUCCUUCCUGCUGAAUACAAACAUGGUAUUCCAGCCGAGCGUCAAGUCCCUGGUGCAGGUUCUGGGCUCCGUGAAGAAUAAGAUCGAAGCCUUCGCCUCCUCGCAGGACGACUUCCCCACCCUUCUCUUCAAGGCCAAGAAGUUCCUGCUCGCCCGGGGGAAGCUGGACUGGGGCGAGGGGGUGGGGUCUGUGCCCGCCCUGCGCCGCUCCGACACACUGGUGAAGAGCCGGAAGCCGUCCAUCGGAGAGCUGAUCUUGCGGCACACGAACAGUCCGACGCGGGCACGCCAGGCGGCACAGAUGGCCUUCCAGCACGUGCGGGAAGGUCAGGUCCUCCAUGCCCUCUCGGGGACGUCCCUAUUCAAGACUUCGGCAGAGAAGCAGAAUGAGGCGCUGCGGGUGAAGAACGCCGUCUACUGCGCGGUCAUCUUCACGGAGUUCAUGAAGGAGCUGGCGGCCAUCACCCAGGAGCACGCGGUGACGUCCCCGUACCUGCUGGUGCCGGCCGAGGAGUGAACGCCGACUGUGCAUAGUGACCGUCCUGUCUGUGUCCAGGGGUUGGCUGCCCCCGCCACGGGCCCUAGAGGGAGGGCCCCUCAUCACCAGGCAGCUCCCCUCGUGGACCAAUCCCAUCGUUGCCUGCGUCUCCGCCGCCCGGGCGCAAUUUUUAACUUAUUCUUCUUGGAGGUGUGUGUAUAUAGCUGUAUGUACAUGUGUGUAUAUAUCCAUAUUUAUAUAUACACGCCCGCCUAUACCCCCCUCUGCCACCACCUUUUUACAAGCUGCUGUGUGGGCUCCUGGCGGUGCGGUGUAAUGUCUGUAUGUGGCCCCCGGGUGUGUAAUGACUGUGCCAUAAGAGACCAGCCUCUCUCCUGCCACCUGCUGGUCAGCCCUGCUCCGUAACCCCCAAAGAUCAGGCGUGGGUGGGUGCCAUGGGGGUAAGAGCCCGAUACAUGCCGCUACUCCUGUCACAUCCAGAGCAGCUGUCACAUCGGGGCUUGUACUCCUGACACAGCCAGAGCAGCUGUCGCCUCGGGGCUUGUACUCCUGACACAGCCAGAGCAGCUGUCACCUCAGGGCUUGUACUCCUGUCACAGCCAGAGCAGCUGUCGCCUCGGGGCUUGUACUCCUGUCACAGCCAGAGCAGCUGUCACCUCAGGGCUUUUACUCCUGUCACAGCCAGAGAAGCAGUCUUCACCUCUGGUCAGCAGAAGAAUUGCAACUGCAGCUCAGGCUGUGACCAGAGUAUUGUACCUGUAUAGCCCUCGUCCAGUGGGAUCCUGAGCGCCAGCCACCUGCAUGUUAACAGGAAUGCAGUGGAGAUGUGACCGCAGCUCUGGAUGUGGCUGGAGUAGAAGGCAUGGUGUUACGUCCCAUGGCCGCCUCUCGCUCUGCCUGAUCGUUGUGCUGUAUAUACUGGGAGUGGGCGGAGCUUUCCACAGUGACUGGAAUUUUGAUUUUUUUUUUAGUGAAUGAUUUUCUGAUUUGGUCUUUUAUUCAUGUUUUAUGUUUGAUUUAUAUUUUAAUGUUUGUGUGAGAAUCGCCGAAAAUGAGAGCGUCACCGCCGUGGGACGGGAUUAUAUCGGGAUGUUACUGCGUCUGUCAUAUCCGACCAGGAUGGAGGUUCUGUCCCCGUAAUCUGUACAAUCCUGAUAAUCUGUACAAUCCCGGGGCCGGUUCUAUCCCCAUAAUCUGUACAAUCCUGGGCCGGUUCUAUCCCCAUAAUCUGUACAAUCCUGGGGCCGGUUCUAUCCCCAUAAUCUGUACAAUCCUGGGCCGGUUCUAUCCCCAUAAUCUGUACAAUCCUGGGGCCGGUUCUAUCCCCAUAAUCUGUACAAUCCUGGGGCCGGUUCUAUCCCCAUAAUCUGUACAAUCCUGGGGCCGGUUCUAUCCCCAUAAUCUGUACAAUCCUGGGGCCGGUUCUAUCCCCAUAAUCUGUACAAUCCUGGGGCCGGUUCUAUCCCCAUAAUCUGUACAAUCCCGGGCC